AGAUUAAAAUCACUACCCAAACUGUUCCAACUACCCUAACGGAAACCGCAACGAUUACCGAAACUGCUUAUGAAACUUUAAGCGACCAAAAAGCCCAAGCCCUCGCUGACUUGGAGAAAACAGGUCAGCAAUUAAAAACCGUCCAAGAGGAAUUAACCCAAGAGCAAAAGGAAACUACCAAAUGA